AUGCGGGACUCGCAUUCUUCUGUACACUCCAAGUCAGUCAUGCGUUCACCGCUUACUCAAGACGAACAAAGUCUCACUCCUAGUGCUUCGUCCUCGUACUUUAUUGAGGGUCCAUGGGAGCAACGUAAUCGUCGUUUUCAAAACGUACUUCUUCACGUCUGUAGCUUUAUCCUUAUCCUCGAAUUUGCGGAGCGUGUGAGUUAUUAUGGUAUUAAUCAAGGUCUGAAGAAUUUCUUAGGUCUGCUUGGUUGGUCUCAAGUUGGUUCGAAUUCUCUUAAAAGCACUUGGACUUCUAUCUGUUAUUUAUCACCUUUAUUAGGUGGGUACGUGGCUGAUGAAAAAUGGGGACGAUUUAAGACAUUAUGGGUCUUUGGUGUUUGGUAUACAUUUGGUGCUUUUCUUGUCACUGUCUCGGCACACCCAAAAUUUAUGGAUCCGGAAAAUGGAAAUCAUCUUGUUGCGAAUUUAUUAUGCCACAUUGGACUCUUUGUUGGUGUUGCAGUGGGUACUGGAGCCAUAAAAGCAAAUGUUAUCACUUUUGGUGCUGAUCAAUUUGACCCAAAUGAUCCAAACGAAGUAACGCAAAAGGAGCAUUUCUUUAGCUAUUUCUACAUUGUUAUCAAUUUGGGAGCAAUUUUUUCAUAUGGGUAUCUAUCAAUCCUUUGUGUCAAAGGUUCAGGAGCCAUUUCCGAGGAAUAUGGGUAUUUUGCUUGUUUUUUCAUCUGUGGUGGAGUGAUGGUCUUGGCAUAUAUCCUAUUUCUACUUGGUGCUCCUCGAUAUGUACACUUUGCACCACAAGAUAGUGCACUCACAAAAUUAUGUACGAUCGUUAAAGGAAAUUGUGCGUUCAGUUAUGAAGCUCGUAUGUUGUAUUAUGGAUUACUUGCUUUUGGCUUAGCAUUUCCGUUAAAUCUUCUUGCGUCUUUCUGGUCCGACUGGCUCUCUAUGGGUCAAUAUUUGUCGUACCUUGUCAUUCUAUGUUGUGCUUUUGGAAUGUACUCCUGGAUUCGAUAUGGCAUGACAACUGCAUACAUGGACAAAUCGAAAGCAUCAAAUGGUGGGAAAUAUAACGAUGAGACUGUUGAUGAGAUCAAAAUGGUCAUUCGUGUCUUACCUUUUGCGUCAUUUAUGAUCAUGUGGGAAUGUGCAUACGACCAACUUGAUGCGAAUUUUCAAUCUAUUGCUCAACAAUGUGAUCUUCGUAUUGGUGCUAACAAUUCGUCGGAUUAUCAAGCUCUUCAAGUUCCUGGUGCUAGUUUAGGUAUUUUUGAUCCCUUGACUAUCAUUUUGCUUAUCCCAGUCCUUGAUGGAUUUGUAUAUCCAUUAUGGGGUCGCAUCUUUGGACAACCACCAAGUGCAUUUGGAAAAGUACUCACGGGAUUGAUUGUCGCAAUGUUAACAAUGUUUUGGUCGGGAUUCUUUGAAGUUCUUCGACGACAUAGUGGUGAAAUUAUGUACCAAGAUGAAAAUCGUUUUGUUCAAACCAUUCCGAAUUCUGGGUCUGAUCAACCUAUGAAUCACAUGUAUUGGGCAUACGCUAUUCCAAUGUAUGUACUCACGGCAAUAGCGGAAUGUCUGAUUAAUGUAACAGCUUAUGAGCUGUUUUACACAGAAGUACCUGUGUAUCUCAAAAGCACUUGUCAAGCAAUCAAUUUAUUUAUGGUUGCAAUGGGGAGUAAUCUCACGUCAACGUUUACUUUGCUUUUUGAACAAUAUAUUCCUGAUAAUCUUAAUGAUGGACACUUUGAGUACAUGUAUUGGACACUUGGGGCGUUAAGUCUUCUCAACAUUUGUGCGUAUGUGACAGUCAUGAAGUCGAUGGAAUUUGGUAUGAAACGCUUUGAUGCUGACGACGAAUUGCUAGAUGGCGCCGUUUUUGAUAGUCAUGGGAUGGAUAUAUCAAGUAUUCAUCGACAUUCAUCCUUUGAAAGUAUAUCCUUGUCACGAGGGUGA